AUGGUGCAAGGAUUCUCCCAUUGACUAAGCGCCCUCUCCCUUCCUUCUACUACCAGUACUACUGAGUCCAUCAAAUCUUAAGCCCCAAACACCAAGAACUUGCCCCUAUUAACUACCAAAAGUCUCUCCAAACAUAGCUUGUAUUGAUUGAUAGAUCCUUCUCCUUAAAUUUCCCCAUUUACACCAACCAGAACCCAGCAAAAUAUUAACAUUUUAUAUUUGGAUUUUACCCUUUUUGGUUAUUUUCUGGGUCAACGUUAGUUUUUGAUACAAGUCAAGGGACUCUGAAGUUGGGAUUCUGUUCUUCUUGAUAUUUUGAGCGUCUGCUUUGAAACCAGUAUGAGAAAUUUUGGUGCGUAAUCGAGCAAAAGAUGUGGGCGAUCUGGCGCUUGGCCUUAUUUUGGUUGAUUUUUCUGUUUUAUUUCGUUUUCAAAGUUGCAAGUAAUGCUGAAGGCGACGCUUUGAAUGCAUUGAAGACCAAUUUGGCGGAUCCUAACAAUGUCCUACAGAGUUGGGAUCCUACCCUUGUUAAUCCCUGCACUUGGUUUCACGUUACUUGCAAUAGUGAAAAUAGUGUCACCCGAGUUGACCUUGGAAAUGCAAAUCUAUCAGGUCAACUGGUUCCACAGCUUGGUCAGCUUACAAAUUUGCAGUACUUGGAACUUUAUAGUAAUAACAUAAGUGGAAAAGUUCCAGACGAGCUUGGGAAUUUGACAAACUUGGUGAGCUUGGAUCUUUACUUGAACAGGUUAACUGGUCGAAUUCCACCGACGCUGGGCAGGCUUCAAAGACUCCGCUUCCUGCGUCUCAACAACAACACCUUGUCGGAAACGAUUCCUGUGUCUUUAACUACCAUUACAACAUUGCAAGUCCUGGAUCUUUCAAAUAACAAUCUAACAGGAGAUAUUCCAGUCAAUGGCUCCUUUUCCUUGUUUACUCCCAUCAGUUUUGCCAAUAAUCCACUCAAACCUCUUCCAGUUUCUCCAUCUCCUCCUCUGACUCCAUCUUCGCUUGCUCCUUCAAGUGGUAACAGUGCGACCGGAGCUAUUGCGGGGGGAGUUGCUGCUGGUGCUGCUUUGCUGUUUGCUGCCCCUGCUAUUGCUCUCGCUUAUUGGCGACGAAGAAAACCACAGGAUCAUUUCUUUGAUGUACCUGCUGAGGAGGAUCCAGAAGUCCAUCUUGGUCAGCUUAAAAGGUUUUCGCUGCGUGAAUUACAAGUUGCAACAGAUUAUUUUAGCAACAAAAACAUUUUAGGUAGGGGUGGAUUUGGAAAGGUUUAUAAAGGACGCUUAGCUGAUGGUACUCUAGUAGCAGUGAAAAGAUUGAAAGAGGAGCGCACACAGGGUGGGGAGCUGCAGUUCCAAACAGAAGUUGAAAUGAUCAGCAUGGCUGUACAUAGAAAUUUGCUUCGCUUACGUGGUUUUUGCAUGACUCCAACAGAAAGAUUGCUUGUAUACCCUUUCAUGGUCAAUGGAAGUGUAGCUUCAUGUUUAAGAGAGCGUCCUGCAGAUCAGUCCCCACUUAACUGGUCAAUACGGAAGCGAAUUGCAUUGGGGUCUGCAAGGGGACUGGCAUAUUUACAUGAUCAUUGCGAUCCUAAGAUUAUUCACCGUGAUGUGAAAGCUGCAAAUAUAUUGUUGGAUGAAGAAUUUGAAGCGGUUGUUGGAGACUUUGGAUUGGCCAAGCUCAUGGACUACAAAGAUACUCAUGUAACUACUGCAGUGCGUGGCACAAUUGGGCAUAUAGCCCCUGAGUACCUAUCAACUGGGAAGUCUUCAGAGAAAACUGAUGUUUUUGGGUAUGGUGUCAUGCUUCUUGAAUUGAUAACUGGACAGAGGGCUUUUGAUCUUGCUCGACUGGCAAAUGAUGAUGACGUCAUGUUACUUGAUUGGGUGAAAGGGCUUCUAAAAGAUAAGAGGUUGGAAACAUUGGUAGAUGCGGAUCUGCAGGGUAAUUAUGUGAAUGAUGAAGUGGAGCAGUUGAUCCAAGUGGCCUUAUUGUGCACGCAAAGCUCCCCAAUGGAAAGACCCAAGAUGUCAGAGGUGGUGAGAAUGCUGGAAGGUGAUGGAUUGGCAGAAAGAUGGGAGGAGUGGCAGAAAGAGGAAAUGUUCCGGCAAGAAUUCAACCACGCUCACCAUCCCAACACAAAUUGGAUUGUCGAUUCCACGUCCCACAUCCCUCCAGAUGAAUUGUCUGGUCCCAGAUGAUCUGUUAUCUUCACGGAAGCUCAUUUUGUCCAAAAUUGAUAUUUACACAUUUGUGCAUAUAAUUUUUCUUUUUGCUCUUUUUUUUUAUCCCUUAUUUUCAAUGUCUAGUUUACAUCACAUGUUGGAAUUUGAUAAAAUGAUGCUGUAAUUUUUAUAGGGCGUUCUGAAAGUUCAGGUGCUUUUAAACAGUGCAGGAAUUGCCAUGGAAGCACCCACCAUAUAGUUUUCAUGUAUUCAACAAUUAGUGGAGCUGGUUACACAAAUAAAUACAUUUACCGUCAUUUUUCGUUUCC